UGUAGUUUUACUGGAGGUCGGGUUUGUUUUGUAACGUUUGUGUGUGUGCAGCGUGACCACAGUACCCAGAGUGCACCGCGGCCGGCUUAGUGUAAACACGCAAGUAGACUGAAGGACGAAGUGACUGAUGAUCGUGUUUGUGCGGUAUAACCUGGGGCCAGGUGUGGCCGUAGAGCUGCAGGAGGAGGCAAGUGUGGCCGAGCUGAAGGAGGUGGUGGGGAGUCAGCAGGGAGUCCAACCGGAGCACCUCAGGGUGCUGUUUGCUGGGAGGGAGCUGAGGAGCACCGCCACGCUGCAGGUGAGGUCAGAGGUGAGACUACAGGGUUGUGACCUCCCGGAGCAGAGUACCGUCCAUGUCGUCCUCCCUCCUUCAGGUUCCUCCUCCUCCCGGCUGCUCCUCCUGCAGGAGCGCCUGGCUUGGGUUGGGGAGGAGAAGCAAGACUCUCUGACCAGGCUGGACCUCAGCUCUUCACGCCUCCCCUCCACCUCCUCCGGCCUGGCAGUAAUCCUGGAGGGGAGUGAUGGAGGGGGGGAGGGAGGAGCAGAGGAGGCGAGAGAGGAGGCGAGAGAGGAGGCGCAGGCUGCAGGUCUGAAAGGUGUGCGUACCUGCAGUACUUUCUUUGUGUACUGUAAGAGCUGCCGGUCGGUCCAACCAGGAAAACUGAGAGUUCGCUGCCGAAGCUGCAGACAGACGACACUGACGCUCAGCAGGGGUCCAUCCUGUUGGGAUGAUGUUCUCCUCCGAGGUCGUAUCCAUGGUGUGUGUCAAUCAGACGGUUGUCAUGGCAAUGAAGCGGAGUUCUACAUGAAGUGUGCGUCCCACCCGACCUCAGAUGACGACCUCUCUGUGGCCCUGGACCUCAUCAUGACCAACAGCAGAGACGUCCCCUGUAUCGCCUGCACCGACAUCAUGGACGUGGUCCUGGUAUUCCAGUGUUUGGAGCGUCAUGUGAUCUGUCUCAGCUGUUUCCGUCGUUACUGUCAGACUCGACUGAACGAGCGACAGUUUGUUUCUCAUCCUGUGAUUGGCUACUCGCUGCCGUGUGCUGUGGGCUGCGUCGACUCGCUCAUUAAAGAGUUGCAUCAUUUCAGGAUUUUGGGAGACGAUCAGUAUGGGCGGUACCAGCAGUACGGGGCGGAGGAGUGCCUGCUGAUGAUUGGAGGACUGAUGUGUCCGUCACCUGGCUGUGGGGCGGGGCUUGUCCCACCUGAGGACAGCAGGAGGGUGGAGUGUGACAGACAGCUCGGCUGUGGCUUGGUCUUCUGCAAAGACUGCAGGGAGGCGUACCAUGAGGGGGCAUGUCACACUGAGCAGGCCCCGCCCACAGGUGAAGCCUCACAGGGUUUUGUGGUGGAGGAGGAGGCAUCUCUCAGAGGGAGGUGGGAUCGAGCCUCGCUGCUCCUCCUGCAGGAGUCGACUAAACGCUGCCCUCAGUGUUCAGUUCCUGUGGAGAGAAACGGCGGCUGUAUGCACAUGCAGUGUCCUCUGUGCAGAGCAGAGUGGUGUUGGCUCUGUGGAGUCACCUGGAACAGAGAGUGUAUGGGAAACCACUGGUUCGGAUAAACACACACAGAAACACACACACAACACAGACAUGUUCGCACCUGUUGCUCAGAGGCACUACAGCAGCUGUCAGGACAAGCCGGGACUCGAACCACCAACUCAGAAACUCCCCUGCAGCCUGAUGUCGUCGUUGUACUUGUAGAGAUGUUAUAUUUCCAUGUUUUCAUGUCAGAAAAUCUUUUUGUCAGAAAUAAUAAUAAUAAUAAUAAUAUCAGAAUA